UGUCACUCUCCCCCGGCCCCCCUUUAACCGAGGAAGGACGUGCCCGGGCAGAGCUGGGAAGGGGAAGCCGGCGAGGGCCAGGACGGCUCAAGGAGAGCUCUGCCGCUUAUAGCUGAAGAUGCUGCUGCUUCUCCCGCUGUGGCUGUUGCUGCCGGAGUUGGCCCUCCUGGCGCCGGCUCAGAAGUUUUCAGCGCUCACGUUUUUAAGAGUGGAACAAGACAAAGACAAAGAAUGUAGUCUGGAAUGCACAGGUUCCCCUCAGAAGUCCUUGUGUGCAUCCGAUGGCAGGACUUUCUUGUCUCGAUGUGAAUUUCUACGGGCAAAAUGCAAAGAUUCUCAGCUAGACAUUGCCUACAGGGGAAACUGCAAAGAUGUUUCACGAUGUGUGGCAGAGAGGAAAUAUACCCAAGAACAAGCACGCAAGGAGUUCCAGCAAGUAUUCAUCCCAGAAUGCAACGAUGAUGGGACUUACAGCCAGGUUCAGUGCCACAGUUACACAGGCUACUGUUGGUGUGUCACCCCUAAUGGUCGUCCAAUCAGUGGUACAGCUGUAGCACAUAAAACUCCACGUUGUCCAGGGUCUCUAAAUGAGAAACUGCCACAGCGUGAAGGUACAGGAAAAACAGUCUCCUUGCAAAUCUUUUCCAUUCUGAAUUCAGAUGAUGCCUCAGCUCCUGCACUGGAGCCUCAGCCCCAAGGAGAUGAAGAAGAUAUAGCUUCUCGCUACCCUACAUUAUGGACUGAGCAAGUAAAGAGCAGACAAAAUAAGACCAAUAAAAAUUCUGCAGCAUCAUGUGAUCAAGAGCUACAGUCAGCAUUAGAAGAAGCUAAACAGCCCCAGAAAGAUAAUGUAUUCAUUCCAGAGUGUGCUAAUGGUGGGCUUUAUAAACCAGUGCAGUGUCACCCCUCCACAGGAUAUUGCUGGUGUGUCCUUGUUGAUACAGGACGUCCUAUUCCUGGUACAUCCACAAGAUAUGAACAGCCGAAGUGUGAUAACAGUGCUAGAGCUCACCCAAGCAACACAAGAGACGUGUUCAAAGGGCGCCCGUUGCAAGGUUGUCCAGGUGCCAAAAAGAAUGAAUUUCUGACCAGUGUUCUAGAUGCACUUUCCACAGAUAUGGUGCAUGCUGUUUCUGAUCCUGCAGUGUCUUCCAGCAGGCUUUCAGAACCAGAUCCAAACCAUACCCUGGAGGAAAGAGUUGUUCAUUGGUAUUUUAAGCAACUGGAUAAAAAUGCUAGUGGUGACAUCGGCAAAAAAGAAAUCAAACCUUUUAAGAAAUUCUUGAGGAAAAAAUCCAAGCCCAAAAAGUGUGUGAAAAAGUUUGUGGAAUACUGUGAUGUGAACAAUGACAAAUCUUUGACCGUUCCGGAACUAAUGGGUUGCCUAGGUGUAACAAAAGAAGACAAUAAAGCAGAUACAAAGAAACGUCAUAUUCCCAGAAGACAUGCUGAAAGUACUCCUUCUAACAGGCAGCAAUCCUCAAAGAAGCAAGGCUGAACACUUCAUAUCCAAGGCAGAUCUCUCAGACAUGUGGGAGAUUCCCUCACCAAAGGUCAAUAAAGAGCAACCAUAGUAUUUGCACUUUGUACUUUAAAUGUAAAUUCACUUUGUAGAAAUGAGAUAUUUAAACAGACAUUUUUUUAAAAAAAAUCUGUGAAAAUGUAGUAACAGCUUAUUUUAAACAAUUACCACAUACAAUGUAUGUGCCUUUUUGUUGUUGUCUGAAAUCUAUGUCUUGGAGUUGUAAAAGUUUGCAUUUAAUCUGUUCUAAAAAGAAUAAUGUUCUGUCUUGUAGAAGCUAGUUUUCUAGUAUGUAUAUUUGUGUGUGUGUGUUUGUAUGUGCAUACAUAUAUACACAUACAUACACACACACACACACAUUUUCAGUAGAAUUGCUUAUUUUUAUGUAACCGUUAAUAUUAUUGAACCAGCUUGAUCUGAAGUCUACUGAGCUCACAAAGUUACAUAAUCUAUGUUUGAGGUUGCAUGUUCUUAAAGCCACAUCAAAGAUUAAAAAGUGUUGGUGAUUUAUGCACCUUAUAUAAGAACAGAGAUUUUAGAAAGAGUUUAGGGUGCCUUUGUUGAAAAGAUGGAUACCUUUUCUCAAAAAUACAGCUGUACAGCUAGACUGCAACCACACUAGUUUGAGGAAAAAAACACACACACACAUUUUGUCUUCUUGAAUUUCCUAUAAUUUCUGGAGGGCAGGAGUAUGUUUAUUUUAGUUUCUAUCAUUUUGUUUUGGGAUGGUUUAAUCAGCCAGUAAAGGGAAAGAAAGUUCAUUCUGUCACUCAGAGCUGAUUCUGUUAAGCCGCAAAAUAGCAGUAAAAGGACACAUUUUGUUCAGCAUUGUCGGUAUAAUAAUAAUAAUAUAUAAGGAGACAAAGAAACUAAAACAGGUUUGUCCGUCUUUGCUGCUUCUUACACAUGGAUAGGCUAAGAUUUAGGAGCCUUAGGAGCCUCAGGUCUUCUGAAGUUAAACCUAGAAAUUGGACAAAUUAUAUACAGUUAUGGUAAGGAGAUGAAAUUAGGCCAAGCCCUCCCUUGGAGCAUCUUUCUUGCCAUCUGGGAGAUGAUCUUACAAAUUUUCAUACCUUUCCUUCCGAUCUGAUGGAGGUAGGAAUUUUCAGUUAAUUUCUAUAAUGCCUUAAAGGAACAAGAAUUUGUAGAUGUGUCCUUCAUACCAAAAGCUUUUAAAGAAGAAAGAAUCGUUUUGAAAACCUUAAUAUUUUGGACAGAUUUUAGCCAAAGAGACCAAAUGGAUAAAGUAACUGAGUGUAUAUAUUAAAAAAAAGUAAAGAGGAUAGCUGUGAUAGUUAACAAUGAUCAAUAUUCUUUUCAAUUCAUUAACAGAAGUUUUGCUCAAUAAUAUGUAGAAUAGCUUUUGGUGAUUGUGUUCUGAUUUGGUCUCUAUAUUGUAUUUAUAUCUGCAUUUAUAAUUGCCUAAGAAUGUGUGAUUAGAUGACUUUAUUCAAAUUCAAUUUGAGCAAUAUAAAAUAGGUUUUUAUCCAGACAUUUGGGCAUAAGGAGAAGAUAACCAUAAUGCAUAGGAAUUUUUAUGUCUUUAAAAAAAAUGUCACUUAGAAUUUGAUACUUUUUUAUAAUACUAAACUUUGAAUUUAAACUGUUUAGAUUAAAAAUAUAGUGUGCUCCAAAAAGUGUUUUUGUUGUCUGUGGCUCAUAUAUAACUUUAUAUAUUUACUUGAUUCUUAACAGAUCAGUAGAUACAUAUUCUGUUUCCACAUAAUAUUAUACCUGUUGUUUUAAACAAACAACAAAGAUUGAAGACCUAAUUUAUGGAAUAGUCAAAUACUUGAUACAAUCACCUAAGUAACCAAUUUUAAUAUGUAUUAGACAUGGACAAAUACUGGAUUACCAUUAACUGAAAAAAAUAGUAAUAAUUUCACACCACACAAGUUCUUAGUAACACUAGUAGCAGAUCGUUGUGUGAAUUGUGAAUUGUGGCAUCUAGAUUAAUGUGAGAUGUUCAGAUUAACACAGAAUAAACAGAGAUAUAAUUCUAUUCUGUCACAAAUUGCUUUAGGAAUUAUUAAUUUCAACAUUUUAAAAUGUUGUACCUAUAGUUGUAUAUAGCUGUGUACUUAAAAUACAGUAUACAAAUGGAAAUAAGAACAAAAGCAGAGCAGUUUUGUGAUUAGAGUCAGGGGAAGAAAGAGACAUCAGUAUUCAAUUUCCAAGCCCUGAAGGGUACAAAAAAAGUUUUGGCUAUGCAGUUCUGGGUGAUCAGAGCUUAUCAGGAAUGAAAUUUCAAUCAAUUGUAAACAUUUUUCUAGCCUUAUCAUGAUUGUCAGCUUGAGCUGAACUGGAAUUAAAAUAUCACUAGGGCAGAAUGAGGUUAAAUGAGUUUUAAAAUACAUGAACAAACAGGAGGAAGAAAAUAUAAGAAGACUGCUGACAGAUUUCUUGUGCUAAGAAGAAACAAAUUAAAGAUAUCUAAAUCUGGCAAGAUGACUCAACUUGGCAUUUCCCAAAGAUGUUUGCCUCUUUAGAGUCUCCCAGGAAGGACAGAUUAGUGCUGGUUACUCCUUGACAAAGGCAAUUUAGAAAUACACCUGAUAUAUUUACAUUUGGGAAUUAUGCUGUUAGAGCAACUUAUACUAAAACUGGUGUCAAAAAAAAUUCCUUCAAUGUAGAGAGUGAAAGGUUUAUUGCAUUGGCUUAUUUUUUUUUUUUUAAGAAAACAAAUUGAGGUAAUUAGGGAGUAAUUACUUCAACAUUAAAUGCAAACAAGUUAACUUCACUGAUGCCUGAAACAUUAGACUGAUUACAGUAAAUGACUGAUGUAAACUCUGCUCACUGUCCCAAUAUCUUAUUGUAUUUUUCUUAACCAAAAGCAUAUGUGAAAGGCAUUCAACAAACAGAACAACUUAGUUUUCUUUCUCUGUCAAAAGUCCUCCUGGGUUGUUGAUCUGUGUGAUGCUGGCCUCCCUAAAUAAAUGCCAGGAAAUGCUUGGAGAACCAGUGCCAGCCAAUACUAAGUGGUAUUGUUGUCCCACUUGUUCCCUGGACUUCUCCCUUCUACAAAUAAAAUAUUCUCUAUAUUUCAUAAUUUGUAAGCAACCUAGGAGAAGCCUUAUUAAACAACCAAGAGAAGACACAUGUUUAUUUUCUUAUUAUUGUUUCAUUACUCAUUUUAGUCAGCCCAUGUACCAGUGAAUACCAGGGGUGGUAUUCACUUACUUUCCCUACCGGUUUGCAAUUGUGAGUGUGUGUGUGUCACGUCCACGCAUGCGCCCGGCCUUCCGUGCAUGCUCCUGGCCUCAAAAACCUGCCUAAAUAGGAUGGCAUGGAGCUGGGGCGGGUAGGCAGGCCCACCCGCGAUUUCUGCGACCAGUUCGGGCAAACUGGUCCAAACUGGCUGAAUAACACCUCUAACUACUAAGCUAUUUGUGCAGCAGACAUUUUUACUAAACCUGCAAGCUACGUAGAUAGAUAAGAAGUAAAGAAGCUAGUAGGACUCAAGCAAAGCUACCGGCAGUUGCUGUUUGGACAAACUCAAGUGACUUCACUCCAUCCAUGCCAGGAGUCCUAUGUUAGUUGCCGCUUUGUUUUCAGAUAUGAAAUGUUGCUUCUUACCUUUAAAGGUUACUAUGGGUUAUCCCAAUUUGCCCAAGUAAUGUGUUCUAUGUAACCCUCCUUCUUCCACUUGUGACCUUCUGAGGAUAUUAAUGUCUUGUUCCUGCAAAUAAAUUUCAUAACCAUUUAGGAGUGAUCCUUUCCUUACAGCCUUUGGGAUGAACUUUCUGUUAAUCAGAGGAUGCUCACUCACUCACUCAUUAUUUUGUUUUGAACAGGUCUUUCAUUGCUGAUUAUACUGAUUUUAACAUUGGUUUAAUAAUGUACUGUAAACCACUGAUAAACUUUGGUAUGGUAGAAUUUAAUAAAUACAUCUAUAUUCCUUC